GGACACACUCGCGCUCCACACUUCACUUGCGCGCCGGCGUUCGAGCCGAGAGGACGAUGCUGGUGCUGCUGCUCGCCUAGGAAACAAGCAUGUCGCCGACGUUGUUGGUCUUGUCACUCGCGUUUGUGGCCGCCGUGCACUCCGCACACGCCGCACACAACAACCACUUCCACCACCGCCGCCACCCGCAUCCCCAGCCGCCCCCGGAGGCGGCAGCCAAGUUCCCGCGCCUCGACCAAAUCCUCGGCCGCCGCGACGCCUGGGGUAGGCCGCCCCCGGCCGUUGCAGCCGCCCCCACGGCCGCCCCGGUCACCACCGAGUUGCCGCACCUGCACCAGGCGGACCUGUGGAAGGUCCGACAGGCCAUCCUAGGAAGCAACCUUGAUGAUGACUACGAAGAGGAUGACUACUCCUACUCGGACAACACGCACAUGAGUGACCAGGGCUCGAACAUCACGGCGUUCAAGUGGGAAACGCUGGGAACGAGGGAGGCCGUGGAAAAGUCGGUGAAGCUGGAGGAAGCCAGACAGUCUUCGCUCCAGCUGUUGAGCGAUCUGUCAAGAGACGCGUCGUGCAAAGUUCCUCAGCUGCGUUACCUCAAAGUGAGCGAACUGGUCCUGGACCACAGCAAAAAGUUCAAUCCGGACUGCAUCAAGCUGCACAGGUGUGCCAAGGACACGGGAUGCUGCCUCAAUCCCACCCACGAGUGCGGCCCCAAGAAAAUCGAAAAGGCCCCUGUCAUCCUCUUUGCAACAGACGUUGGUUCUAGGCGUUCGUCGGCAAUAAAGGUUCACCUGGACAACCACACCGAGUGCCACUGCAGGCCUCGAGCGUCACCGCCGCCGACGACCGCGGCGCCGCCACCCGCGGACUCACGGACGCGUGCCGGGCGGACGGCCUACUUCGGCGACGUGGCCGGCGCCUUCCAACGCCACCCCGUCUCGCACAAACCAGUGCCCGUCAGAGAAAACUGCGUCUGCCCGAGCAGGUUCACGGCGCGGAAUUUCGCGAACGGCACCUGCACCUGCGACUGCUUCGACCGGGAAAGGGACUGCCUCAGGUUGAAGAAGGGACGAGAGUCGUUCUCCGUUGAGGAUUCUGAUUGCAUCGGCGAUGGGCGGUGCCGGCGUCCGACGUGCGAGUUCGGCGAGUACCUGGACGUGAGCGACCGGGGCCGUUGCCCUCUGCGCGACGAGCGCAUCUUCCCGCUGUACAGCCGCAGCGAGGCGCAGACGCGGCGGGCGCUGGCUCCCGUGGUGCCGCCGGUGCCACAGCCGUCCUGGAAGUGGACGCCGCCGGACACGCCGCAGGGGGUGCCGCGGGUGGAGGUGCCCUCGUGGGCCGUGCACCACCACCGCAUCGCUUGGCCGGCGCCGCGCAGCCAGCCCACGCUCCCGCCGCCGGUGGUGGCUCCCGCGUGGAGCCGCCCCACCACCGCUCCCCCCGCCACGACCACAAGCACGCAACGCGCACCGUGGAAUCCGCAGCCAAUCAGGACAACCCCCUCUUCCUUCCCCUUGCUCGGCGGCAAGGACUCGUUGGUGGGUGCUUCCCGCUACCAUCUGCCCUCCAAGUGGAGCCUCGCGGGAACCAUCGAAAACGGCGGCGGAUUCGCCUGGAAUCCUGAGGAGACCAUGAGGCACGUCAGCAAGCAUAACAGCCGCAAGAUAUGAGGGGGGUUGUCUUAAGAAGCUGAUGCUAGAUGGCACCACCUGUAAAAUUAAUGCUUUUGUUGAAGGGGCGAGGGAGGCUUUUAUCGUCAGUGUUAUACAUUUCGAUUUAUGAGAAUACUUCCGAAAUUCUUUCUUUAGACUUUUAAAAGAGAAAAAUUGAAUAAGAACGUAUUUUACUUCCAUAAGAACCUCAUGUUUAAUGCCUUCUAGUUUUUCGCUUACUAUUCUGCUACCAAUGAGAACAAAACCGAUAGUUUGCUGUUUACUUGCAGCUAAAUUUUGGUCUAUCGAUUUAUCGCUGCAGUCAUAUCAAAAGUGGAUAUAAACCAAUUUAAUUGUAAAUCGGAGAUAGCAGCAAAGGUCCCGCGCAAUGUACAACACGUGUAAAAACUAGCUGAAUAACCUCGAAAGCUGCUGAAAUACGUGUUGCGCCAGCCAAUCAGCGUCAAGUAUUUCUAAGCAAUGAAUUUUCAAUACUUUCUCCAUUUCCGUAUUUUAAUACGCAAUUAACUCAGUUCAAAUGAACUUUUCCUUAAAUGUUGGUAGUGACAAAUUGAUUGACCAACUUUUUAGCUGUAAGUAGAAACCAAACAAUCGGUUUUCUGCUCAACGGUAGCAAGAUUGUAAGCGACUUACCAGAGGCAUGUACCAUUUUCGGUUCUUCAGGAAGGAAAAGGCGUGUGUCCGACCUUUUUUCCACUUAUCACUCUUUAAGAUCUCUGAAUCCUUCAAAAUUUAAAAUUUUACCUCACAAAAAUCAAUAUUGGAUCUGAUCUAUAAAAAUAUUUCGUACUAUUUUCAAAAAAUAUUCUUGAUAACAAAUAUCUUUAAUGAGUUGCAACUUAUACCACUAAAAAAAUUGCGUUUCGGAAAGGGAAAAAAUGUUGAUUUUAGUUUUUUUAAAUAUGGAGGGCUUAAACCAAAAUUAUUACACUUUUGUUUAUUUUGACAGGAGCUUAUAAAAUGCUCUCGUUUUAUUUCAUGUUUCGUGCUCAUUUGAAUACACCUGAAUUGGAGCAUGAACAAAAAUUUCAUUAUUUAAGAUGGAGAUGAAGCCAUUGUUGAAAUGUUUUUGGUUUAUUUUUUCUUAUGAUAUUUACGAAUUAAAUAUUUUAAUCAUCAUUUCAUGUAUUAGAAACACGAUACCAAACUUUGUCAUACACAAUCAUUUGGUGAAGCACAAAAAUGCUUGAGAUCUACAAACGGUGCCAUCUACUGGCAGCUCCACGGACUCCCAGUAGAGCAAUCCUGAAAUUACUCGUUUGAAUCCACUACACCAACGUUGAUCCACGUAACACUGACGAAAAUCUUUUCUAUUUUUACAGUGUCGUCAUCUAGUCUCGGCUUAGGGCACUUCUAUUACAAAAGCAAGGAAUUGUAAUAAGCAUUUUCAAUUAAUUCAGAUUAAAAUGUCACAAUUGAAAGCAAUUAAUUUCAAAUUAUCUGAAUCAAACACGAGGAUAUAUUUUUUGUAAUUUAAAAUCUAUUUAAAAACAUACAGCUAUCAAUGUAACUUAUGCCGUCAAAUGUAUUGUGAGAAACUAAGAAUUACUCCUCCCCUGACAAAAUCACAUGCAUUAAUUGUUGUAUGUCAAUUCUUAUUUACACAACGAGAAUCCUACUUUCACAGAAUAUUUCACAAUCUCACAUUUAUUUCAUCUGCAGCCAUAUCAAAGUGCAUUUCAAAUUUUGUUUCACACUUUCUAAAACUGCGAGAAGCAAAAUAUUCCUACACAGCUCGUCUCGUUGCAGAGGGACUUGUGCACAAAUAAUACUUCAAUAAAACAAGAGAAAAAAUAAUAAUUAGUGUAGCAAAAUCUACGUAUUUAGCUAGAGAGGAAAAAUGUGAAAAGAGUGAAUGAAAUUGUCAUGGAAAGCGGCGAACGCCUUGGCAGUUAUGCAACCGUCUCAGCUCCCGAGUUUAGCUGUGCUGCAUAACCGUAGUUUCUAGAACGAGAGCUGGGAGAGAUUCUAUAUAUUAUAUUACAAAAUGCUGAUUUGAGAAUGAGUUGAACCUGGAAAAUGUUUACGUAAAUCAGUCAGUCAUGUGUUCAUAUUUUUACUUAAUGUUAAUUGAUUUUCGCUUUGUAUCCACCGCUCUGUGUACAUUUAGGUUGUAGAGUUGCAUUUUUCUUCAGAAGCUGGCCCUCGCGUUUUCUGUCCUCAUCGGCCGAGUUAACUCCUAGAAAAUAUAAACUGCUCGAUUUUAACGACUAACUUGAAUGGUAUUCGUAUUAGUAAAUUCGAAGAAAAUUUAUUUGCAGAUAUAUAUAUUUAAAUUUUGAUAGUUGGCUAACUGGCGAAGUAGCUUGCUAUUGCGUUACAAAAUGUAAAAGUGUAAUAAAUAAAUUUAAAACUAAUUGUAAGUUCA